CUUUCCUCACACUUCACAAGGCACUCUCGUCGUAUGAAGGCGACUGGUUUGGAAAAAAAGUAUACUGGAAAGAGUUCAUCUUCUCAGACUUCUAAAAUUGUUGCCAAGCGGAACAAGGAAAACUUGAAUUACUGGAUUAUUCGUGCUCUGUCUUGGACUGCUCAGUUCGGCGGUCCUUCUGGACCCGAGUGUGUGUGAAUCACUUCCCUUCACAGCUGCUUGUACUUGGUUUAAUUCGUGCGUCGCUGCCUCUCCUCGCGGCUCGUCUUGCAGGUGCGGAGACACGGAGCGCGUGGACAGAUGGCUGCGCUGACUAUACAGAGGACUGACAACUUCUUGCAUACCUUUUUGCAGGACCGCACUCCCAGCUCCUCUCCAGAGGGAGCCCCCAACGCUCUGUCAUUCCUGGCUACCACCUGCAGCCAGGCCUGGCAGGUGGGUGGCACUGUGGCCUCAGAGAGUGCCCAGUUCCCCUACGAGGGGGCGGUGAGCUCCACCACAGGGAUGUUCCAACUCUGGAGCAACGAGGUGGCCCCCAGCGCCGGCCUGGCCUCCCACCAGAUGACCUUCACCGUGCCCAAGGUCCAGUUCCCUGGCAACAUGCAGCCUGGCCUGGGCCCUCACCCCCACCUCCAUCACCACCAUCACCACCACCACCACGAGCUGCCUCUUACUCCUCCAGCUGAGCCCCCGUCCGCCUACUCAUUUGAGCUGUCUCCCGUCAAGGUGCUGUCCUCUCAGUCGCAGGGCAGUGGCCCCUACUACCCUCAACACAACACAGUGGGGCAGACUUUUCCCAGCUUCCUCCAGAACUCCUCCGCCAGGCACCACCUCUCCGGGGCUCACAUGGAGGAGGGCCAGCAGUGGUGGAGCCUCCCCCAGACUAACGCCACCCCCACCAACCACCACUUCUCCCUGGGCAGGCAGCUGGUCCUGGGCCACCAGCCCCAGAUCGCCGCCCUCCUCCAGGGCACCUCCAAAGGCCUGCUGAGCUCCACGCGCCGCUGCCGCCGCUGCAAGUGCCCCAACUGCCAGGCCAACGGCGGCGGGCUGGAGUUUGGCAAGAAGCGCCUGCACAUUUGCCACAUCCCCGAGUGCGGCAAGGUGUACAAGAAGACGUCCCACCUGAAGGCCCACCUGCGCUGGCACGCCGGGGAGAGGCCCUUCGUCUGCAACUGGCUCUUCUGCGGCAAGAGCUUCACGCGCUCGGAUGAGCUGCAGCGCCACCUGCGCACGCACACCGGGGAGAAGCGCUUCGGCUGCCAGCAGUGCGGCAAGAGGUUCAUGAGGAGCGAUCACCUGUCCAAACACGUCAAGACCCACCAGGGCAGGAAGACCAGGGCUGGACAGCCCUCCCAGCACGGCCCCUCUGACCCCCUUCUCACCAACAUCAAGAGAGAGUAAGAGGGGGCCA